ACAUAUCCAUGCCAAAAGUGCCAAAAGGGGAAGUAGUAUGUGGCAAGAUUUCCGUUUCUUUUGGCUUCACUUCCAUGCCAUGUCAGUUCUCUUUCAAAGAUCUCUUUCCUCACACCACUAACACUAUUCAUGCCCUGAAUCACCUUCAGACCUCCCCCUUUUCCUCCUGGUUUUAUACACCAUUGCCAUCUCUUGCAGUGGAUGCUAGCUGUUGAUCUGUCCAUUGCUUGUUCUUGUGAUCUUCCUCCCUCAUCUCAGGGCAUAAAACACCCUGUUCUUGUCCAAUUUUUUUAGUCCUCUUGUUCCUCCUUUCGGGGUUCUUGCUUGCAGCACAGCCCUACUCGGUGACCUACUAAUGAUUCCCGCCCCUGUCUCUCUCAUCCUCUUGUCCAUGUGAUUGGUAGGCUUGCUAUCUGACCCUCGCUGCCUUGUUGGUCCCUGUUCCUGCAAACACUACAGAAGAACAUGUGUCUCCUGUGAUUUGGGCUCGAUCCUGAACCUGAAGUCAUAUCGAUUGGAAUCACAUGUUUUUUCGUUCCCAUUUUCGUUGUGUAGAAACAGAAAGUUCCCUUUUGGUUCCAGUUAGUUUGAGGAGUUCUUGAUUGGGAAGGUUUGCUCUGUUCGUUUGCCUCUUUGGAAGUCAUCGAUUCGAGCUUAUUCUUUCCCUGAAACGAGAUCUAAUUCCUCAUGAUUUGUACUUGAUUAAUCAAUUCUUUGUUCAGGAGAGAUCCUGAUUAGCUUCGUAAUAGGCGUCUCCCAGAGAGAGACUCGUACUUGCCGGCCUACUCUGGUCACUUCUUUGUCCACAAUAACUCCAUACAAAUCUAUCAAGAAUUUGUUCCACCCAAUCCGAUCGCCACCCAUGGCUGCGCGCGCCCUGGCGGUGGUACUGGUGGCGCUGUGCGUGGCGCGGCGGUCGUCGGCGAUCGGCGUGAACUGGGGCACGCAGCUGAGCCACCCGCUGCCGGCGAGCACGGUGGUGCAGCUGCUGCAGGACAACGGGUUCGACAAGGUGAAGCUGUUCGACGCCGAGGACAGCAUCCUGGGCGCGCUCAAGGGGUCUGGCAUCCAGGUCAUGGUCGGCAUCCCCAACGACAUGCUCGCCGACCUUGCCGGCAGCGGCAAGGCCGCCGAGAACUGGGUCUCCAAGAACAUCUCCGGUCACGUCCGCGACGGCGUGGACAUAAGGUACGUGGCCGUCGGGAAUGAGCCGUUCCUUCAGACGUCCAACGGGACUUUCCUGAACACGACGUUCCCGGCGAUGCAGAACAUCCAGGCGGCGCUGGCGAAGGCCGGCCUCGGCGACAAGGUGAAGGUGACGGUGCCGAUGAACGCCAACGUGUACCAGUCGCCGACGGGGAAGCCGUCGGACGGCGACUUCCGCACCGACAUCCACGGCCUGAUGCUGACGAUCGUGCAGUUCCUGGCGUCCACUGGCGCGCCGCUCGUGGCCAACGUGUACCCGUUCAUCAGCCUGUACGAGGACCCCAACUUCCCGCUCGACUACGCCUUCUUCCAGGGCUCGUCGUCGCCGGUGGUGGACGGCGGCGUCACCUACCAGAACACCUUCGACGCCAACUACGACACGCUCGUGGCGGCCCUGCGCCGGAACGGGUUCGGUAACGUGUCCAUCGUCGUCGGCGAGGUGGGAUGGCCGACCGACGGCGACGCCAACGCGAACCUAGACUACGCGCAGCGGUUCAACCAGGGGUUACUCACCCACAUCGCUUCCGGCCAGGGCACGCCGCUGCGGCCAGGCCCCGUCGACGCCUACCUCUUCAGCCUCAUCGACGAGGACCAGAAGAGCAUCCAGCCGGGCAACUUCGAGCGCCACUGGGGCGUCUUCUACUACGACGGCACGCCCAAGUACCCGCUCAGCCUCGCCGGCGGCAACGACACGACGCUGAAGCCGGCGAGGGACUUCAGGUACCUGGACAAGAAGUGGUGCGUGCUCAAGCCGUCGGCCAACCUCGCCGACCAGAAGGUCGGCGACAGCGUCAGCUACGCGUGCGGCCUCGCCGACUGUACCAGCCUCGGGUACAAGACCUCUUGCGGCGGCCUCGACCCCAAGGGCAACGUCUCCUACGCCUUCAAUAGCUACUACCAGACCAUGGACCAGGACGACCGCGCGUGCAACUUCGAUGGCCUCGCCACCACCACCACCGUUGACCCAUCCGCCGGGACGUGCCGCUUUAUCAUCGAGAUCGACGUCGGCGCGGCGGCGCGCUCCACCAGGGACGUCGCCGGCGGGGUGGCCGCCGUGCUCGCCGUUUUCGUGCUGUCCGUGUUCUGAACUGAAGCUAUCACAUCGAUCGUCCGCGUCUGUCUUUAGCUUAUGAGAGGAUUCUUGACAUGUACUUAGUUGUUUAUCUCUUAUUGCCAUUGUUGUUUAUGGAUUAAUCUUUCUUUGAUUUGAGAAUGCCA